GUAAUGUACGUGACAAAUAAAGAACCUUGAACCUUGACCACUCCUUCCCUACAUGUUCACUGUCUGCAUUAGUCUUCACAGUUAAGCAAACAACUGGCUGUGGACAGAAUAUGGCAUUGUUGUUCUCUGUGCUACUGCUGCUGCACUUUGAGCUCCAUCUGGCUGUUGGCGCAGAGACUCUCAGCUGUCCUGCACUGGCUGGAGUUCCAGGUUCACCUGGACAUAAUGGCCUUCCUGGAAGAGAUGGCAGAGAUGGACCUGCUGGGUCCAAAGGUGACAAGGGAGAUCCAGGGCUGAGUGUGCAGGGACCUCCAGGUAAAAUUGGGCCAGCAGGACCCAAAGGAGAAAAAGGAGAUCUUUGUCCACCUGGGAUUCCUGGAGAAAACUCUUUAAUUCAGUCAGAAAUCAACAGUCUCAAAGCAAAAGUCUCUGUCAUGGAAAAAGCUACCAGCUUUUCUACAUUCAGAAGAGUGGGACAGAAGUACUAUGUGACUGAUGGCACAACAGGGCAGUUUGAACAAGCAGUGAAAUUCUGCAACGAUGGUGGAGGAAAAGUAGUUUUACCAAAGAGUGAGGAAGAAAAUCAAGCUUUAGCUAAAAUCCUCAGUUCCUUUAGCUCAGCAGCAUUCAUUAGAGCAACAGAUACAACGGAAGAAGGCAAAUUUGUAGACGAUGAGGGAAAUCCACUAAUUUUUACAAAAUGGGGCUCUGGUCAACCUGACGAUUAUCGGGGCUCACAGGACUGCACCAUCGUCCAUAACUCUGGAAUUUGGGAUGACAACAGCUGCAAUAACAAUUUUCUUAUGAUGUGUGAAAUACAAGACAGAUUAUAUUAACCCCAUCUGUUAUGCUCAAGUCAAAACGGCCCAUUACUCACUAGUGUAAUUUUUUUAGUGUAAUCAAUUGCUAGUGCAUUUGAAAAUGUUUAGGCAUGUAUGGGAAAAAAUAUACAAAUUAAAAUACUAAUAUAUUUAUAAUAUGUUUUUACUAAUAUGAAACAAAUCUAUUAUUAAAGAAAUGCACCUCAUCUUUUUAAAUACUGUACUCAUAUUCACAAGUCAUUACAAUACUCAUAGUUUAAUUUUUCUGCAUUCUUACUGUAUCAAGAUAAUGAUUUUGAAAAGGGAAUCAAUGAAAAUUGGAUUAAAAGAUUCUAAUCGCUCUA